AUGGCAAGCGGAAUGGUCCAAUGGUCCCGUAUAUCUGAGCCCUUCCAGUUCCACAUCACAAGCUACAGACCGGAGUAUCCUCAUCAAGCUCUCAGACUACACCGCUUCAUGAAUGGUCAGCCAAUGUUCGAUGAGCUCAUCAGGGUGUCGAUCAUCAGUGAGAACGUUUGCGUUGAUCUUGACGACCUCGAGCCCGAAGACAUCGACACGGAAGACUCUGAUUUGAACACCGAUUCAGAGGAUCCCGACUCGUACGACAUGGAUCUCGAGGUGUGUUUUGGCUCUGCAAGUUCGCCACGUCUAAGCAGCUGCGGUUUGUUGAACGUUGCGAAACGAAACUAUGUCCUCCUCUGCCCAGCUGCGGGGUUCAUAUCACGGGAAUUUUCCACAGCAUUUCAUCGCUCCGCAGAAUUGGACGCGUAUAAUUGUCCGGGAUUCGACGACUAG